GAAAAAAGAAAAGCAAAGAAAGAUGAAGGGGAGGUUGAAGUUAUCGCUCAUAGCUAACAACUACCUGAGGAAACAAACAUUCAAGAAGAGGAAGGCAGGGAUAGUGAAGAAACUCCAUGAGUUCACGACUCUCUGCGGUGUGAAAGCCUGUGCGGUCAUCUGCAGCCCGUACGAGAAUCCGGUGGUGUGGCCGUCAGCGGAAGGCGUCCAAGAGGUGGUUUCGAAGGUUAUGGAGUUACCGGUGGAAAAUCAGUGCAAGUAUAUGUUUAAUCACGAGAGCUAUUUGCGUCGCGAAAUUAACAAAGCAGAAAAGAAAGUGGAAAAUCUGCGUAGUGACAACCGAGAGACUCAGCUUAGACAACUUAUGUUUGAUUGUCUCGAAGGCAAGAUGAAUCAGCACCCGUAUGCUGCAACGGACCUUCAAGAUCUGAGGUCUUUUAUUGGUGGCUAUAUCAAGAAGCUUGAUUCCAGGAUGAAUGCCCUUACAUUAGAAAAUGGUGAGUCCUCUUCCUCCACUCUGCUUGUUCCUACUUCAGUUGCUGGUGCAGAUUCUCCUGCUGUUGAGGUUACUGGUCAUCCUGUUACUGCGGAUGCAUCUAUGGUAACUGCUCCUAAUGGAUUUUAUGGUUAUUUUCCCGAUAACGGUAUGACUAUGAAUCCGAAUCCGAGUCAGCAUGAAUCGUUGGUUCAACACCAUGUUCCUGUUGGCUCGGUUCAACACCAUGUUCCUGUUGACUCGGUUCAACACCAUGUUCCUUUUGGGUCGGUUCAACACCAUGUUCCUGUUGACUCGGUUCAAUACCAUACUCCCAUGAAUUUUGAUGAUCAGACUCAACAUGGAAUCUAUGAUAUGAAUUUGCACCAGGAUAUGAGUUUGGAUCCAAAUCAGUAUGCGUAUCAACAGGGAUCAUUUAUGAAUCUUUUGAUGGGACAUCCUCAACAAAUGGGUUAUGAUGAAGAGCAUGCUCACAUCCCACCUCUUAUGAACGGCAACUAUCACCAGCUACCAACCAUGGAUUUUGCUGCAACUGGUCACAUGCCUUCCAUCAACACCAACACCAACACCAUUGCGGGUGUUUAUGCUCCUUAUGACAUCAAUAGUCUUUAGUCAGAAGAUGUGGAUUUCUAAGUGAAGUGUCAAU